UAGCUAAAGCUUUCUCUCUAUUAUCAAAACCCAUUAUCAAAUGUCUGCCUCCUACCAUGUUAGAUCUUGUAGCUUACCAGCUCGGCCACACUCAAAUGGUCUCAACCAUAUCCAACUCCUCCUCAAGAAGCUACCUACCGAUAAUAAUAAUAAUAACAACAGCCUCUCACUUCUCUCACAGCUCUAUGACUCUGUCUCUCAUCUCUUCAACGAAUCACCUUCUUCAUUACUACUCCCUCAUCACUCUUUCUUCUCUCAUCUUCUUGAUCUCUCCCUUGUACACCUUGACUUGUGUUCCAAGCUAAGAGACAUCACUUGCCGCAUAAAGGAGUCUCUCCGUGACCUCCGUUCAGCUUUCAGACGGAGGAGAUACGGUGGAGAUUCUACCAUCCGCCGCCACGUUAAUUCCUUUAUCCGAUCUAGGAAAGCCGUUCACAAGGAUCUUGCUAAGCUGCUUUUGUUGCUUAAACAAGCCGAUCACUCCUACUCAGGGCCAGCUCAUCAUUUGAUCACACUGCUCCGACAAGUUUGUUCACAAACAUGCCUUUCCUUUAGAACAGUCCUGUUGUCGUUAUCCACAUCAGUACCUAAGCCAAGACCUUCCAAGUGGGCUUUGGUUACCAAACUGGUGAUCAAGAACGUUACCAAUACAGGCGAUCAAGUUGAGACCGGACGAAGAAACGAGUACCAGUUGAUGGACGAAGAACUACAAAGAUUCUGCUCGGCGAAAGAGAUAAAGAAGGAAAGAAUCAAGUCUUUGAACACAAGCUUAGAUAAGGUAGAUAUUGUAGUUGAAGAUCUGGAGGAGACGCUUGAAAGCUUGUACAGGCGUAUGAUCAAAGCUAGAGUCUCUCUUUUGAACAUAGUCUCUUUGCAUAUAUGAUUUUAAUUUUCAUCUUUAUUCACUGUAUGUAUGUAUACAAACGUCACUCAUGUUUUAGAUAAAACAUGUUUACCUUAUUAGACUAA